ACCUGUUCAGUUCAUUCGCAAAAUCAAAGGCUAGCAGAAAGUUAUUCGUUAUGAAACCGGCUAUCUUUACGUGUCUUUUACUGGGCCUGGCCUUCAGCCAAGUUGGUGCCAACUGCUCUGGAGAUUGCCCCGAAACGGAGGAUGUUGUUUGGGCCCUUGGUGCCGGCUGCAGUGUUUUUCGCAACAAAUGCUACUUUGACCUGGAGAACUGCCAGCGCAAGCCAGCGUUGACCAUCGCCACCAAGGAGGAGUGCCAAAAGCAAUGUGCGGAUAUUUGCCCUGCGAUCUACCAGCCGGCCAGUGGAACGUACAAGGGUCAACUUCGCAAUUUUGGAAACGAGUGCGAAAAGAGGGCUCACACUUGCCGAACUGGCGAAACGUUUCUGUAAAAUACGCAUCGAAAAAGCGAAUAAUGCAUCAUGAUAAAUAAGAAAAAUAAAAUGAAGAAAAAAUAAAACAAUGUAAGAAUAAAAUUAUUUCGUCUAACUAGUGGGGGAUUUUGGUUGAUAAUUUAUCAUAGAAUUGCACAGUGUGUUUCUAAUCGCAAUUUGAUCAUUUAGUAUUUCUAAGUGCUCAUUUACUAAAAUAGAGCUUUUGCUUGUGAAAUCGUAUUUUCCACAGAACUAAUUAAUUACUUACUUAAUUAGGUACUUAUUUAAUCCGUAACUGUAGACCCUAUAUAAUCUCAUCAAUAACAGAAAUAAAAUUUAAUUAGUAAGCUAAUUUCGCAAGCUACCGAUUCAUCAUAUAAAAUAAAAAGGACUACAAUACGUUGCAUCUCAAACUGCGUCCCAAACUCACCGAAAUAUAAUAAAUAAUUCCGCGCAAUGAAAGCAUACGUUACGGUGUGCCUGAUUUUUGGCUUUGUCCUUAGUUCCGGCAAUGCCGCCUGUCCGGAAACGGAAGAUGUUGUAUGGGCUCUCGGGCACCGUUUAAUAGGCUGUCAAAAUUUUCGCAAUAAGUGUUAUUUUGAGGAAGCAAAAUAUUCAGUUUUCAAUAUAACUACCAAGGAGGAAUGCCAGAAAUAUUGCCUCGGUCUUUGCCCCCUUAUUAGAAGUCCGACGACAGGCAAAUAUAGGGGAGAUACUAAGGUGUUCAUCAAUGACUGUCUUAGACGUUAUCAUAACUGUCGCACUGGUGAAACUUACAUUAAAAAUCACGCGAUUUCCUAAAUCUGUACAUUAAUAUAGAUUUUGUAUAGAAAAAAAAAGUUUGAAAUAAACUUCCUUUUUUAACAGAG